UACAAGUGAUACGUCGGGUGAAGGUGAAGUGACUCGCCAUGCAGUGGUCGUACGCCAAGCCUCAUCUCUCCACGCUUGCUCGCCCCGCAAGCGCGGCCACGCCUCGAAGGGUUUCCCGAGGUGUUUACUCCUGCAAAAUGUACAACAUUAAACUCUCAUAAAGGAAGGAGCCAUACAGCGUAAGUAGCGAACUCACAACCAUUUCUAGUCUUUCACUUCCGUACCAGCCUUCUCUUUGCAACUUGUCACGAUGAACUUUGAUCUUCCUCCAGCACUCGUAGACUACCUCGCGCGAAUCGACGACUUCAUCGAACGCGAAAUCAAGCCAUUGCAGGAGCAGGAUGACAACAACCGAUUUUUCGAUCAUCGUAGAGAACACGCGCGAACCGACUGGGACAAUGGAGGACUACCUCGGGAAGAGUGGGAGCAGCUGUUGAAGGAAGCAACACGGAGGGCAGACAAGGCUGGGCUCUAUCGCUUCAGCUUGCCCAAGCAAUAUGGAGGUCAAAAUACAGCUUCGGGAAGAGGCUCGAAUCUCUGGAUGGCUGUGAUCCGCGAACAUCUGGCAGCUAAGGGCCUAGGCCUCUUCAAUGAUCUUCAGAACGAGCAUUCGGUCUGCGGAAACUUCCCAGACAUCAUAAUGGUCCAACAUUUCGGCAAUGAGCAACAGAAGAAGGAGCUGAUUGAGGGCCGCCUUGCUGGCAAGGUGCGCAUCACCUUUGGUCUCACGGAACCUGAACAUGGUAGCGAUGCUACAUUCAUGUCAACAAGAGCUGUUAAACAAGCCGAUGGCAGCUAUGUCAUCAAUGGCGGGAAGAUGUGGCAGACCGGCAUGCACAAAGCGACCAACUGCUUCAUCUUCGCUCGCACAAGUGGGAAGGAUGGCAGCGCGAAAGGCAUCACAUGCUUCAACGUGCCCUCCAAUAGUCCCGGCCUGAAAGUGGAAUCGUAUGAAUGGACUCUGAACAUGCCUACUGAUCACGCGACUGUCUCACUCACAAACGUUCGCGUACCGGCGUCGUCGAUCAUCGGACCUCUGGACGGCGGUCUGGCUAUUGCACAGGCCUUCGUGCACGAGAACAGGAUCCGGCAAGCUGCCUCCUCAUUAGGUGCGGCAGUGUACUGCGUCAACCAGGCCAUUGAAUACGCCGGCAAGCGAAAGCCAUUCGGCAAACCGCUCGCCUCAAACCAGGCUAUACAAUUCCCUCUUGUCGAGCUGGCAACACAGUGUGAGAUGCUCCGAUUACUAAUUCGAAAGACUGCUUGGGAAAUGGACAGAAUGGAGCACAAGGAGGUUGAGCAAAAGUUGAGCGACAAGGUCAGCAUGUGCAAUUAUUGGGGAAAUCGAUUGUGCACGCAGGCGGCGGAUAGAGCUAUUCAGACUUUUGGAGGUUGGGGUUACAGCCGCCAUUACCCGUUCGAGCACAUUUGGAGGCAUCACAGAAGAUAUCGCAUCACGGAGGGCUCCGAGGAAGUCCAGAUGCGCAAGAUUGCCGGCUACAUGUGGGGAUUCACAGGACCAAAGAAGGCAGAAAUGGAAUUGGCGCCUGCGAAGUUAUGAUGGAGCUCACAUUAUCGAUGAGCAUGUUUCUACACACUACUUUGUGCUGCAGAUUAGCUCGCCUUCGAACAAGGCGUUGAGCGCGUGAUUGUAAACUCCAUUGAAGGUCUACAAUUUUGACGAUCUCAUGCUGUGUCGGC